AUGAAGAAUGAGGAAAUUUAUGACAGUUCACGAAAUGCACAAAAUGGAGAACCAUCGAUUAAUACGGAGGUGAAGGACGAUAAGGAUGAGUCGAAAAUGAACGGAGUUCGAUACGAUUACAUAGGUAAGACAGACAUAAAUUUAAGCUACGAUGGAAAGAGCGGUCUGAACAACAAGAUAACAACCAUAAUGGGAAGUGAAAAUAACCUGAAGGAGGAAAACAAAUAUGGAUACGAUAAUGAAGUUUUGGCUAGUCAGGAAAUACAAAGCAUUUCAAAAAUGAUGAAAAGUAAAAAUUUGACAUGUGUAGAAAAUGCUUACGCUGAGCAUAAUUUGGUGGAUAGCAAUCUGCUGCUAAUACAGGGAGAUGAAUCUGCACGGAUUAAUCAGAAUGGAAGUUUUGAAAGUGCAGACAAUUUAAAUAUUAGUGAUAAGGUGAAGAGUAACGAUAGGGAGAAGGUGAGUGAUUACAUGUAUGAAAUGAAAAGCGACAGUGAUGUUAGAUGGAGUAACAAAGGUUUCCAUGAUAACGAUGUUUAUAGAGAUAAGAUUAAAACGGGCUCUUCCCAUAUAUUGGAGGAUCCAAAUAUGGAUGGGGAGGGACCACAUAACUAUCUCAGUGCCGAAGGUGGUUAUAGUUAUGAUGAAUCAGUUCCAAGGGAGGGUUAUGGAAAGAUGGAGUAUAAGGAAAUGGAGAGAAGUGGGAAGGAGUACGUCCAUUUUGAUAAAAGGGAGAAAGAUGAUGAACGAGAUUUGAGUGGAUAUAGGGAGGUCGACGCAGAUUUGGAUGCGAUAGAAUCGGAUAUAAAUUAUUACGAUGAACAGGGCUUACGGAUGGAAAUGCAAGGGGAGAGUUACCAAAACGCAGAGGGGGAUAUAAGCGGGGAUAAAGGUGAUAUCGCAAGUGAGACCCGGAAUGACUACCACGACGCUGCCAGCGCGGCCGCCCCCCACGCUGUUCCCCAAAGAACCCUGGAUUACGAAGCUAAUCAAAAUCACUACCAAAAUUAUGAAGCACAAAAAAGUGUAGAAAAAUCUGAGGAGGAAAUUUCAAACGCACUCCCCCCUACCAAAAGUGAACAAGGUGAAAAGAAAAGUCUUCCGAUUUUCGAAUCGAAUAUGGAUAAGACAAAUGAUUCAGCAGAAAAUAUUACGAAAGAUAAUCCAUCGGAUACACAAGUUCACAAUGACCGAAGUAAUGAUAGUGGGUUGUACAGAGAUGGUAGUGAGGAAAGUGUGAGUGGAGCAUCGUGUGCAAACGAUCCACGGGGUGUAGAGAAAAACGGCAAUGAAAAAGAAACUGUAGAUGAUGUUACGUGGUGGGGAUAUAGAAACGACAAGGAAGGCUCCAAAGCGGAGGACCAGCAAUUGAAAACAAACAUAGACGUAAUUUCUGUGGAUAAAGAAAGUGACCCCUUAAAGGGGAAUGAGUCAAAUGAGGAAGCUGCUCCUAAUAAUGCGGAAAAUGACAACAUGGAAAGCGCAAAUAGAAAUGAGGGAACUGUCGAAAGUGGUAAUGAUGAUCAGAAGGAAUGUGAAGAUAAAGCAACGAACUCGCUUAUCGAUGUGGAUAAAUUAAAUGAGGAUGGCGAAAAUAACCAUCUCGCAUAUGUCACAGUGGAAACGGGGAGGGAGGUCCAAAGCAGUGAAGAAAAAGUAGUUGAUGAUAAAAAUAUGAACAAAUACGCAAAUGAGGAAUGGACAGAGGAUGGAGAGAAGACUGGUGUAGAUGUACUGGUGAAGAAAACUAUGCUUGGUUCUAUUCCAAGCGAAGGAAGUAAUGAGGAAGAAUUUUACAAAGGAGUGAAUAUUGCUGCUCUGAUGAACGUGGAAAACGAUUUGGAUGUGACGCGGAUAAAAUCGCCCAGCGAUGAUGCAGAGCAGAAGGGGGAGUACGACUCGAACGUGACUACUGUGAAUAGCCCCCCCAAGGAAGGCAACGGAGGGGAAAGCGGUACUGGUGGCCAUGGCGAUGGUGAAGAUGGUACCAUCAAGCAGGACGAGAAGGGAAUGAAAGGCCAAAGUGCGGAAUUCGUGAGGAGUAAGGAAAAUCCUAGCGAAUUCAAAGUGACAAUGUUGAGCAACACAAACGGGAAAGAUAACAAAGACAUUCUGUACGCCUACAUAAAGGCAAGCACCACCAUGGACGAUACCAUCACGAGCACGAUAAGUGACAACGCAAAUGAAUACGAAUUGGUGGAGGAUGGUAUUGAAGAGAAAAACGAAAGGGAGGACCACAAAAUUGGAUCUGAAAAUGGCCAAAUGGAAUGUACCUACCAUGUUGUGGCCAAUAAUAAUAAAAGACGAAGAGAUAGUUUUACCAACGAUGAAAUGAACAAGGAAAGAAAAUUAAGCACUCAGAAUGCAUCCCUCUAUGGACCCCCCUCUCUACCCCACUAUGGACCUCACUAUGCAUCUCCUUAUGCAUCUUCUGAGCAAAAUGCAAAUAAAACCUUCAUCGCACAUGCACAUGGACAAUUGUAUGGGGAACAGAAGGGAGAAAAGGCAAGCUACGAAAGUUGUGGCAAAGAUGAACAAUUUGUUAACCCCCAAGAAGGGGAUCAAAACAAACCGCGGGAAAAUUUUGUAAGUUAUUCAAAGGAGAACCUUGGAGAUGUUAUUUUCGUGAACAGGGAAAAUAUGAUUAGUAUUGAUCCCUCAUAUGACAAUGGAAACUCCUUUGCAAAACAUAGAACAUUUAAUAAAUCGAAUGUAGUGGAAAACGUUGUCCAGGAAAUUGUGGACACUAAGGGUGCAUAUGUACCAAGUCACCCACAACCCAAUGGUGUGAACUUAGAUCCAAAUUGUAAAGAAAAUAUAAUCCAUAAUUUGAAUGACACCCAAAUUGAGGAUAACGCAAAUGGUUAUUCGGAGCAUAUUCAUGUGUUAGCCAACAGUGAGAAGGAAAACUGUGAUGAAUAUAUAGAUAUGGACAACGAAAAUAAUAAUCUGUCGGAUGAUUGCAAAAAUUCUAGUGAUGAUAACAUGGAGAAAAAGGAGUCAAGUCAGUUCGAUGUAAAUGACAAGAAGAAGAUUAAACCGGACAGUGAGACAUUAUUGCCAAUAGCAAAUAUAAGCAGAAUUAUGAAAAGAAUUUUGCCUGCAUCUGCUAAGGUGGCCAAGGAAAGUAAAGACAUAAUACGUGAGUGCGUCACGGAGUUUAUACAGUUCCUGACCAGCGAAGCCAGCGACAGGUGCGUGAGGGAGAGGAGAAAAACCAUCAGCGGCGAGGACAUUUUGUUUUCCAUGGAAAAAUUGGGAUUUAACGAUUACGUUGAACCUCUUUAUAAAUACCUCACCAAGUGGAAGCAACUCAAAGGAAUGAACAACUCCAAUAAUUUCCAAGAGAAGAAAUGUGAAGGUUCGAAGAUACUGCUUGAGCAGAACGCCACAAUGAAGAAGAGCCUAAGAGAUGUUAACAUGAAUAACAAUCCAAUUAUGGGCAAAGGAGCAGACAAUGUCAUCCUCACGAAGGAUACGGAGCAUUUGAUGAACAACAUGUACAGGAACCCGAACGAAAUAUUUGAAAACAAUAUAAACCACAUGUAUUAA